AGUAUGCGCACAGGUGGUAUAUACCUGCAUGUUACGUAGCUGGGUAAGCCUUAGCUACCUACUUGUCCUGAGUGGGGCUACUGUCAAGAGCCUUGUUACAGUUAAAUAUUUAUGCACAGUAUAUAGAGUAUCUAUGUUUCAGUGUGUGACAACUCACUCAUUAGGACACUUAGUGUUGUUCUCAGAAGAAAGU